AUGUUCCGUCCCCUCCACUUGACCCCCUACAUCACACGCCCCUUUCUCAAAUCCAAUUACCUCCCGACCCCGAGGUUCUUCACCCUCUCUGCGCUCUCCCUCGCCGACAAAGCAUUACCUCCCCGCCUGAAGAUCCAAGAUGCCGACGUGACAGUCUCAUACCUCAAGGGUACUGGCCCUGGAGGCCAAAAGAUUAAUAAAACCAACUCUGCCGUCCAGAUCAUACACAAACCAACGGGCGUAGUGGUCAAAUCUCAAGCCACACGAUCCCGUUCCCAGAAUGAGAAGAUAGCUCGUCAGCUGCUUGCUGACAAGGUGGAAGAGCUCCUACAUGGGGACCAAAGUCGCGCGGCCAUCAAGGCCGACCGCGCGAGGAAAAAGAAGGCCAGUAAAAUGAAGAAGAGCCGGCGCAAGUAUCGUGAGCUCGAAGAUGGCAAGGAGAGUCAAGAGGCAGAAGAGGACGAUGCACAGGAGUCCGCUGAUUCAAAGCACGAAUCGGAAGUAGAAGGAGCAGACAUACAGAGUCCCCAUCAACUGGCAGCCCAACAAAAUCUACAGCAGGAGCAUGUCCCGGACAGCGCGCGGAGCCAGAGGUAA